GUGAGGACUGGUUUACACAUUGACUGCCUGACAACUUUGCGUCCUUGUUUUUCCGUCGCCCUGGUCAAGAUAUGUCGACGCAAUGAAAGAGAAAACGAACUCAUAGGCAUGUCUUAAAGGCAGCUGUCAUCGUGCAUCUGGAUGAUUAUGCGUAUGAAUCAAGCUAUGCGGUGUUUCUCUUCAGGGGGGUCGAGAUGAGUGAGGAGGAGGAGCAGCUUCAGGCGAAGGGCUCUGAGGAGGAGGAGGAGGAGGGGGAGGAGGAAGACGAGGAGUCUAAAAUAUGCCAGGUGUGCGGGGAUCAGGCCAACGGCUACCACUUCAAUGCAAUGACCUGUGAAGGUUGCAAGGGCUUCUUUAGACGGGCUAUGAAGAGGCCAGCCACCUUCCGCUGCCCUUUCCAGAAGAAUUGUGUCAUCACCAAGAACAACCGGCGGCAGUGCCAGGCCUGUCGCCUGCAGAAGUGUCUCUCCAUCGGCAUGAGGAAGGAGAUGAUCAUGUCGGACCAGGCGGUGGAGGAGCGGCGCUGGAAGAUCAAGAGGAAGAGGCUGAUGGCCGAGCCCAUGCUGCUGUCGACCCAGCAGGAGAAGCUCAUCCUGGAGCUGAGCACGGCUCUGGAGCAGACCUUUGACCGCACCUGCUCCAGCUUUCAUCAGUUCAGCCCCCUAGAUAGGAAUGCAGACUCAGUCAACAACCAAACACAGCAGAGCUCUACGUCUAACUCGGUGGCGUCAGAAGAGAGUGACCGCAACUCUAGCUCCGAAGGUCCAGGCUCCUCGUCCUCAUCCUCAUCUUCGUCUUCGAGCUCCGUGACGUGUGACACUGGGCAGGCGCCAGGCGAGAAGAAAACGGUCUUCACCUCGCUGUCGCACGUCAACGACCUCAGCACAUACAUGAUCCAGAACGUCAUCAACUACGCCAAGAUCAUAAACGCCUUCAGGGCUCUGACGAUCGAAGACCAGAUCUCGCUACUCAAAGGAGCCACGUUUGAGAUAGUGCAGAUCCGCUUCAACAGGCUCUUCAACGUCAAGACGGGUAUCUGGGAGUGCGGCACCCUGCACUACUGCAUGGACGAUGCCUUUCGGGCGGGUUUCCAGCCCCACCUGCUGGACCCUCUGUUGAAGUUCCACUACACACUGCGGGGCCUUGAGCUGCAUGAUAUUGAGUACACGCUAAUGGAGACCAUCUCCCUCUUCUCCCCAGACCGCCCUGGGGUCACAAACCGUGACGUCAUCAGCUGUUACCAGGAGAACCUGGCCGUCACCCUGCUGACGUACAUCGAGUCCAAGAGGACGGACAGUGAGAAACACCUGCUGUUCCCAAAGAUCAUGGCGUGCCUGACGGAGAUGCGAACAAUGAACGAGGAGUACAGCAAGCAGGUGAUGCAGAUUCAGGACAUCCAGCCAGAGUUGUCCCCACUCAUCCUGGAGGUGGUCAGCCAAGACAGCUAACUAUGGCGACCGCUAGCCGCUCCGACAGCUAGCUCAGAUAAAUGACAGCUGUUGCAUAGAGGACACUGGAACGCUGUCUCUCUCUCUCACUCACACACACACACACACACACACACACACACACACACACACACACAAGCACUGUACAAAACUGGGAUGGAGAUUAUUUGGAAUGACCUAGCUGCCUAAUGUAGACAUUGAACAAAACCUCAACUUAACUUUGAAUUUUUACCUCAACAAUACUUUUAGUGUGUCCUUGUUCAGAGAUGAGGUGACAUAAGUGCUCAACUCUGGAGCAAACAAUACUUUAUUGACAUGCCAUGGACCCAGACACAGACCCAGACACACACAGACACACACAGACACACACACACACACACACACACAGACACACACACACACACACACACACACACACACACACACACACACACACACACACACACACACACACACACACACACACACACACACAAAUACCAAUCCAAUGCUGCUAUGGAAUCUAAAGGGAUCACAUUAAAUACCACUGGAGGUUGUCAUCAGCACAAGUAAUCUUUUUGAAUGUGGAGGAUUCAGGCACUGGGAACAAAUUCAAAACAAAAACCACUGAAGCCUCAUAACAUUUUGUAUGAAAUUUCCUUACAGGAGAUGCCCAUACUAACAAGACAAUCCAGAGAUCAUGGGAUUGAUUUGAAUAAGAUCGAAACCCUAUACUAUGCUAUGCUUACAAAAUGUGGCAGUGUACAGAUACUGUAUGAACUUGAACUAAAUUGUACAUGUAUGUAUGUAUGGUUAAUGUUCGCCUACUGUAUGCUCUGUCUAAAGAUUUUUAUCUGAA